AUGAUCUCUCUGUCAAUUUCAGACGGGUUCGAGCCGGAGCCCGAGUCUUUAUAUUCCUCAGGCGAAUUAUCUGUUGAUCGAUCUCAUUCCGAUCUCAAUCACGCGGCGGAGGACCUGAGUGAAGAGUUUCAGAAUGUGGGCUUGGACGAAGCCGCGAAAGAGAAGAUUUUGACGAUCAUGAGUGUCUCCGAGAGUGAUGGAGGUGUUGAUUCGAAAGCGGUAGAUGGAAAUGAGGAGGAAGAAGGAAGGGACGACGCAGAUGGUGAAGAUAAUGGCUGGAGCGAGAGUGAGGGUGAGAAUAUGUUUGAAAAGAGAGAAGCUUUGUAUCCAAUUAGGCCAGGAGCAGAGGAUUGCUCGUUCUACAUGAAAACAGGGAGCUGCAAAUUCGGAUCCACUUGCAAAUUCAAUCAUCCUCUUCCGAAUCCGAGAAGAAUCAAAAUUGCUUGGGAUAAUAAAGUAAGAGAAAAGGAAGAUGAUGCUGAUAAACUGAGACCGAUGGAUUGCAAGUAUUACUUCAGGACUGGUGGGUGCAAAUAUGGAGAAACUUGUAGAUUCAACCAUACGAAACAAAAGACUUAUCAGCCCUCAGUACCGGAGCUUAACUUCCUCGGCCUUCCUAUGAGACAGGGAGCAAUAGAAUGUCCAUACUACAUGCGCAACGGCUCCUGCAAGUUUGGAGCUGAGUGCAAAUUUAACCAUCCUGAUCCUACAAAUGUUGGAGGAACAGACUCUCCUUCUUCGUUUCAUGGUAAUAACGGUGGAUCAUUUUCCCCAAAAUCCACGUUCCAAGCGAGUUCAAAUUCUUGGUCUUCACCGAGGCAUGCGAAUGGCACAACUCCUUUUGUUCCAUCCAUGUUGUCACAGAGCCGUGGAGUUUCAUCUCAGACUCCAGAGUGGAAUGGAUAUCAGGCUUCUGCGUAUUCAUCAGAAAGGAAUGUGUUUUCUCCUUCCACCACAUACCUUAUGAACAAUUCAUCAGCUGCAGCAACAAACAUAUUCUCACAGAACCAACAUCAGAUGUCUGCUGAAGAAUUUCCAGAACGUCCAGACCAACCUGAGUGCACUUAUUAUCUCAAAACUGGAGACUGUAAGUUCAAAUUCAAUUGCAAAUACCAUCAUCCUAAGAAUCGAUUGGCAAAACAGCCUCCUUACGCUCUCAAUGACAAGGGCUUACCCCUUAGACCUGAUCAGAACAUCUGCACACAUUACAGCCGGUACGGAAUCUGCAAAUUCGGUCCAGCUUGUAGAUUCGACCAUUCCAUUCAGCCGACAGGAAGCCCCCUUGCCGUGGGAGAACCUAUUCAUGUCGGCGGUGGAAAUGGGAAUGAAAGUGACGGUUGGAACUGA